AUUUUAAGAAAUUUUUGUUUAAUAUAAAAAAAAAUAAAUACAGUUAAGUGAUUAAAAAUGGUUAAUAUUGCGUUCAAAAGCAUUUUAGUUCUAUGGAUAUUAUUGGUGACAAACAGUGAAAAGAAUAUUGGACUAGCUUAUCCUCAAUCUAAAGGAUACGAAUAUCCGCCGGGAAAUCCACCGUUUAAAGAUGAAACAACUUUGACAACGACUACAACAAUUUCUUCAACAACAUCAAGACCGAUAACUCCUUUUUUAACAGUAAAAUCCUCUCCUCCUCAAAAAUUAACAACAACACAAAAAACUAUUCGUUCUAGUACAACUUCUAUUAAAUUAAUAAGCACAACCGGAUAUGUUUAUUCUACUCCAUCAGUUCCAAUCACUUUUCCAUCAAAAUCGACUCCAACAAUUGUCACAACUCCUACUCCUUUUAAAAAUAUUACUUUAAUAACUAAAACUACAACUUUGCCAUCUACACCAGCCAAAACAACAGCUCCGAGUACAAGUUUUUCAGGAUAUAUUUACUCAACACCAUCAAUUCCAUUUACACCUCCUACUCGAUCUAUUUCAACAACUUCAACUACUCAAAGAACUUCUACAACCACGACAAUCACAACUCCAAAGACAAAGCUUAUCACCACAACAUUCAAAACUACAUCAACACCUAAAACUACAACACGUUUAGGCACUCCAAAAACUACACGGACACAAACGACAACAUCAAAAAUAACAACGAAAAUCAUAACUCCGAGGAUUUCCUUGACAUAUUUGCCUCCAGAUACUACAUCAACAAGAAAAACAACAUCUGUCAUGACCACCACAUCAAGUGUACCAACUACAGAAAGCAUUACUUCCACAAAAAUCACAACAACACCACCAACAACUAAAACAACGAGCACAUCCACUAAAACUACUAUUUCAACUCCAUCAAACACAUAUUUGCCUCCUGAUAAUAAAGAAACUGUGUCUAUACCAGCAGUAACUGGAAACCAACCAACACGUCCUUAUAACCCUUCAAAACCAUUUAAGGGUUCAACAUAUUUACCAAUUUCCAAGCCAUCUAGAACAACAACAAAGUACAUACCAGUUAGCUAUAAUCCUGUAAUAAAUACUGGAACCUACAAAGCAGUUUUUAUUCAACGUCCAUACACGAUUGGGAAACCAGUGACUUAUGUUUAUCCAACUUAUAAGACUAUUUCAACAACGCCAUUUAUAUCGACGACAACUCCAAAAUAUUUUUAUGCGGAACCUCAAAAAAGCUUUUAUUUUUAAGGUAAAUAUAAAACAUAGGAAUGUGUUAAACUUAGUGCUAAUAGGUGCUAAAUAUUAUUUUCUGUUUAAAUGUUUUAAUUUAAUUAUUAAAUUAAUUAAUUAAGAACUGCCAAAAUAAAUAUGACGAAGCAGGUUAAAUAUGUACAAACGUCUUCAAUAAAUUUUAAAAGAACUUUUGUUAUUUUUUUCUUCUUCUUAUUGGAUGUUCUAAGGCACUGGGGUGUAGCCAAGAAUUAAAAAAAGAACCCUGAAAAAAUAAAAAAAAAUUGGCGAAAGUCCACUUGUUAUAUAUCGAGUGACUUCAGCGCAUUUUUGUGUCUUUUGGAACUCGAAUUUUCUAACGGUCAAAAUAUAUUUGAAAUUAUCCCACUUGAAGUUGGCUACAUUGUAUUGAAAUCAAAAAAUCAUUAAUUAUA